CUUCCGCGUCGUCUGCGUUUUUUAUGGCGCGAACCGGCGCGCACUGCUUGCUCAGAUUUCGUGCGUUUCGUGUGUGUGGUCAGACGUCAUCGCUGUCUCCCUGGCUGCAUCCCGUCGACAUUAUGCCCGCAGUCUCUACUCGUACGAGGCUUUUACUGUUGCUGGAACAGAUACUCUUGCUCAUGAUAAUGAAGAGGAGACGAGACCAACGACGGUGCAGGCAGCGGCGACGCUGGUGGGUGCGACCUGUGUUUUUGGCCCGAAAGCAAGAAGGACUUUACCACACAGCUAUGUGCCGCAUGCGACAAGGAGAUCACGGAUUUUUCUGCAAGUACUACAGAAUGACGCCGCAGCUUUUCGAUAAGCUGUUAAACUUUGUGGCUGCGGACCUGACCCGACAGCAGUUAAUCAGGGAGCCCUUGAAGCCUGGAGAGCGACUGGCGAUGACAUUGAGUUACCUGGCAUCAGGGCAGGAGAUAUGCCAAGUAGCGCUGUUAUAUCGUGUAGGUCUUGAAACUGCCAGGCAAUGCAUACACGGCACAUGUCGAGCAAUAUGGGCAUGCCUCAAGGAUCAUUUCAUGCAAACACCAACCCAAGAGGAGUGGGAGAAGAUUGCUGAAGGAUUCCUAAUUCCCUAAUUGCUUGGGGGCCGUCGAUGGAAAACAUGUAGCAAUCACAUGCCCACCAAAUUCUGGGAGUAAUUACUUCAACUACAAGGGAACAUAUUCAAUUGUCCUCAUGGCUGUCGUUGACAGCAGUUGCAAGUAUGUGCUUGUUGAUGUGGGGGCUGAAGGUCGCGUGAGCGACGGAGGCGUAUUUAAACACUCUGAAUUUGGCAAGGCCCUUGUCAAUGGAGACCUCAACAUACCCUCACUUGGCCUGCUCCCAGGGACUACAACAGCUGUACCCCACGUCUUCAUUGGGGAUGAAGCUUUUCAGUUAAGAAAAGACUUCAUGCGCCCAUUUCCUUCAAAGCACCUUGAGGAUGAAAGAAGAGUCUUCAACUACAGUUUGAGCCGAGCAAGACGGUGUGCUGAAAACGCGUUCGGGAUCACAGCAGCAAGGUGGCGGAUCCUACUGCGGACCAUUAACUUGCUCCCCACAAACGUGGACUUUGUUGUCAAGGCUGCCUGUGUCUUGCAUAACUUCCUAACUGUACUCAAUCCACAGUCUGACAAUUACAGAUAUCAAGAGGACAAGUUUGGAAACUUUGUAGCAGGACGCUGGCGUGAAAGCAUCCAAGCUGCGUUGGGCGACGACAGAAUGCAGCAGUUUUCCCCCCUUCAGUCAACACGAUCAAGGAAUUAUGACAGUGAAGCUGCACAUGCCAGGAACCUCCUCGCAGCCUAUUUUUGCAGCAAAGAAGGUGAAGUUCCAUGGCAGUGGCAUCAACCAGGUGUUUCCAAAGAAGGCGCUUUGAAGCGUCUACGUGAGCAGCAGUUCUACCAGCUGCAAUGAUGGCGUGCCGGACGACGUCACUGAAGACGCCUGUGCACGAGGUGCAGGCGUUGCCGCUGGCGGCACCGACACCUCUGUCACCACCACA